AUGGCAUCUCAGGGGCCACAACCGACCUCGAGAGGGGGCGGCACGGGGAAUGGUUACCCCGGCGGCCCCCGGCCGGAUGCGUGGCGCGAGCCCGCGACCUUUGCUGUGCGCUGCGGCUGGGCCAUGGCAGCCAGGAGGCUGCCCCGCCUGCCGCUCGCCAACCUACCAACAACCUCUUCCACGCGCCCAGCACCAACAACACCACCACCACAAAGGGCCUCGGCAACAGGGCGGCGGGGGAGGGAGGCCAUUGGGGAAGGGGAUGAGGGACCGGAGACGCGCAGGGACGCGUGCCUCCUUACAGCUGCCAAAACGCCCGUUCGCCCAACACCACCGCGAACAGGGGCCGCCCCCGCCCGCUCGUCAGGGAGGACACCCCCUCCAGGGGGACCCACGCCCUCGCCGCACCGCGGCUUCGCUCUGGGGACCUCCCCGAGCCUCGCUGCCUCGGCCUCAGAGCCCUCUCAGGAGGCGGCGGAGGGAGGAAGGAGGGCCCGACCAGGGCCUGCCUGCCUGGACAACAACCAACCCCGCCCGGGGACGGCGGGGAGCCGACCACGCUCGGGAUACCCGUCCGCGGCCGCGAGGGAGCCCGCCCACCGAGGCCUUGCCCGCGCUCCCGGACGCCCGGGAGGCCCGGGAGCGCGCAGCCCGGCUGCGGCCCGCAACACAGCAGGGCGAAGCUGCUCGGAGGCAGGGAACGUGCUGCACGGCCGGACCAAGAGGCCAAGAGGCGAGGGCCAGCGUGCGCGGGUGGUCGAAAAAGGGGCCUUGCCCGCUCGCAAGGCCAACGGCAACGGCGGCAAGCGACCGUCCGCACACGGCCUGCCUGCCGUCCGUCGUCCGUCCACCAACUGCGGCCACAGCCAGCUCGAACCCCUGCCGCCAACCGACCGUCACGGCCGGGGGAAGGCGGCGCCCAGGCCGCCCGACCGCGACCGCCAUGGGGCCGCCGCCUCGCCCCGCGCGUCUCGCUCUCUCUCAGCCGCUGGCCCGGACCAGCCGCGCCCCCAGUAUAGGGUUAGCGGCGCGGCCGUUCACCCACCACGACCGGGAACAGGUCCUCCCGCUGCUCCUGUCCCACCGGGUGGAGGGCUCAGAGGAACGACGCCGGCAACCGGUGUACCGGCUUCGGGGCCAGACCCCGUUGGCAGGGGAAAUUCUCGUAAAUCCCCCGCCCGCAGGCCCCGCAAAAUGCCCUGGAAACCUCGUAUGCAGACGGUUCGGUACGGCACACCGGACGUGGUUUGCUCUGUAUCGAGGAAGCUGGUGUCCAAAGGGAGGCCCCCCUUCAAGCUCCGGGGCGGCGGCCCACCGCCCCCGGGAGGGAGCGGUUUGGCGGGCCGUCGACUGGACCUCCCCCCUUCGACCGUCAGAAACAGCCGCGUGACUUCCCCUUGCAUGGGCACAGUCCGCCUCCCUUGGCUCUCGCCGGGCUCGCGUCUAAACUCAGUUUAG